CACCAGAGCCCCCAGGCUAAGAGCAAGAAAGAAGAACUUCUGUCCCAAGGAAAGUGAGGCAAGGACAUCAUUGGAGCCAACAUUUGCUUCAAGUUCCUGUGGCUGCUGACACUGUGCAGGACACUGAUGGCACCUGGCAGAGGAUGCUUCGCCCUGGCCAUUCUGCUGGCAAUCAUGGACACCCAGCUUGGUGAGGGCAUGCAGAUCCAAAGCUCAUUUCACAAGGAAGGAAAACAACUACGCUUGAUCUGUACUUUGCUGUAUAAGAAAGAAGAGGCUGAGGGGGUUAUAGUGUUUUUGUGCAAGAACAGGUCUUCUGACUGUUUCCCCGAGACCAGCUUGCAGCAACGGAGACUCAAACGGAAUCCUGGGAGAGACGGUGUCAGUGAAAUACCAUCUCAUUUGGUGUUCACCAUAAACCAAAUCACACCAUCAGACAGCGGGACCUACCAGUGUUGUGCCAUAAGCCGGAAGCCAGACAUCCGCCUUCAGGGUCACUUUUUCUCUAUUUUAGUCACAGAGACAGGGAACUAUACAGUGAAAGGACUGAAACGAACAGGACACCCCAAGUUCAUUCACAGCAAAGGCAUUCUCAGUUCAGGCUUCCUGCAAGAAAACGCCUGGGUGAUGCUGGUCACUAGCCUGAUGACCUUGGCCCUUCAAGCUUUGUAAGCCUUGUGCCAGAAACUUAAAAAAAAAAAAAAAAGUUACAGCAAGAUAAACCUGACUCUCUUUAGCUUGCUACCUUUCACAUUACAAAAUACAGAGAGAAGAUACUGCAUAGAGGAGGAGAUGCUAAAUAUGCCAAGAAUCUGGGGAAUGCAAGGUGGGACAAAUGAAUAUAUUCCUUGACCUCCCCUCCUCAUCACCACAGGAAACCUGCCUUUCUUUCUCCCUCUGUCACCACUUAAAAAAGAAAAAAAAAAAAAAAAAAAAGAACAGCUUUCACAAAAGUGGCUGGUGGACAGUUCUCACUAAAAUGCUGGAUAAGUCUGCGGUAUGUGUGUUUUUGUACCAAAGAAAAAGUCUUCCUCCCCCUUCUCUAACACGGUAAAUAAAGAAGGCAGCCAAACAAAUUGAGAACACAAGUUUUUUGGGGAAGAAAUUUUUAUUUAACACUAAAAAGAAGAGAAAAGAAACAAGCAAAGAUAUGUAGGAUAGGAAAAGAGCCAGAGCCCAGUGACUAACUUGGCAUGAAAAUGAAGAAAUGGAGAGACCCCGGCAUUCAACAGCACCCCCACAGCACAAGGAAGUUUCGUGCGCCCAGGUGCACCACAAAGCAUAACCGCCCAGCUUCAACCAAGUACUUGUCAGCCUCUUUGGUCAUAUCUCUUUCCUUUUAAAUAAAUACCCAGAGCAGUAUUUGCAGCC